AUGUGGCAUCUGUUCACACUGGCUGUACUCCUGCCGAUAUCAUUGUCAAGAAACUUUAAGCGCAACGACGAGAUUACUUCAUCAUCCAUUUUCAAAGUAGAACAGAUAGUAUUCUCAUCCAAUUUUAACAUUACCAGGAUCUAUGUACCCGUCGAUGGUAAAUACGUCCAUUCCAAUGACAUACCAUCGAUAUUCUUUACCGUAUCUGAUCCCAAACUUGAUGGUGGAAGCUGUGUUUAUGUAUUAGAAGGCUUUGCUGCUUACGAAAUCCUAGAAGGUGGUAGAGACACCACUGCAGGCUACGGUGUAGACAGAUCCGUAUACAUAGGAGCUAAAGACGGCAUGUACAGAUACGACCCCGACACGCUAUCAGCCAAAAGAUACGGAAUUUUCAAGGACAAUAUCAUGCUAAUACAAAAAGCGAAUGGCACUGAAGCAUUCUACAUUUUAACAAACGAAAAUAAACUGUUUAAACUAGAAAAUAAUGGAACAGUUAAAACCAGGAUCGUACCUGUAGAUUGCGCUAAGGAUUUCGUCGUGGAUACUUCAAAUAAUAUAUACUACAUACCUUGUACAGAUCAUUUACCAAAAAUAGUUCAAGCUAAUGGUACAGUGUUAGCAAUAAAUGUCUUUGAAGAUUUGAGAGAUAUCAAACUGCUGAGGCCUGCUUUUGUAAUGGAAGACUGCAUACCAUUUUUUGGUGAUGGAUGGUUAUACUUGUUAUAUUCUAAUGGCACAGGGCAUAGAAAAGAUUUUGCAAUUAAAGAAAGGCCUUCGGCAUAUAGCGUUGAUGCAGCUUUAUACCUUGUAGCAGCACUGAAUGGAAAAAUAUAUGAAUUUAAUGUCAUGGAAGUGCUGUUAAAGUCAAUGUUUGGAAUGAUAAACGAAUGGCCGAGAGAUGUCAGCAAAAUGGUUUUGUCAAUGAUGGAAACAGCUAAAGAAACAGUCUAUAGUUAUUAUGUUUAA